AUGUCGCAGACGGGCAGUGGAGGCGAGUUCGCCGCCAUGUUGAAUAUGCGCCAAAAUCCGGAUCACAAGAAGGUGGUCUACCGAAAGCUUUGGAUGGUCUGGUGCAUCAUUCUGUCAGGCCUGGGGUGCUUACUGUGCCUUCUGCUGGCCGGGCUGUUCCUCCUGUUUACCAUGGAGUUGAAGUUCUCCUUGAUUUACGAAUGGGGCGAUUGCUACAAUUUGAAAUGCCACGAUCCAUCGGUAAAGCACGGCUUCUCGGGUUUUCUCUCCAUGGUUGCCUGCGACAUCUUGCUGGCGCUGACGCUGAACGUGGCCACCGGGGAGCUCUGCAAAGCGUUUGCCUACCGAAUCGCCAAGAUGUGGAACUUCCGCAGCAUGGUCCUGCGACAAUUCGUGGAGCACUUCACCGCCAGCUUCGUUGAUGUUCUUGCGACGAUUGGAAUGUUCUCCUACCUGGCCUUCUCCUUCCUCCCCGAGUGGGAAACUACAGUGGAGACAGCGUGGGAUGAUGCCAGUGGUUGCGAGAUAUUCUGGGACUACAAGGCCUGUCGAGUCUUGCGAAGUUGUGCGCCGGACGAUAUGACUUGUUGCUCGGGGUCCCUGUUCUGUACAAGAUCCAAGCUGAACUUCUACCAGAGACGAGAAGUCUUUGAGGCAUGGCUGGCUGGACUCUUCGUGGUCGCUCCCUUCGUGGAAAUCCUCGUCUUGUUCUUCAUUCCGCUCUUGGCAUACCUGAUACAUGUGCGAUGUGAGCUAGUUCGCGACGGAUUCCGUGACGUGGAUGAGAAUGGGUCGGAUCGGCCGAGCGGACUUGGCCGGCUGGUUGGGUUCAUUUUCUUGCUGGACGGAGGAUGCGGUGUUGUGUUGUACCUGCGAGAACUUUUCCUUUGCUGCCUCUUUGACAAGAUCAAUACUAGCGUGCUUGGUCUCCCAUACAUCUGGAAGGGGUUCCCUUUCAAAGCUCCAAAGAUCACUCUGGAAGAGAACCCCAAGGCAAUGGUGUGGGGUGUCUGUGCAUUCGGCCCCUAUUGCACCGAGUGCAAGAGGGACAUGCACUGGACCGGCAAGAAUAGCAAGGGAUGGAAGUGUCGACACCAUGCAGUCUGUGGCUCCAGCGAAGAGAGCAAAGGCGCAGAGAGGCAUUGUGCAAAAUGUGGGGACGACAUAUGUGGAGAAUGCCAUCCGCAGGGUGCUGCGGUGAUCGGAGGGCUCUUCGGGCCUUUAGAUCAGAGGCUCCUGCGCCCGAUGGACCCCCUGGACGAACUGAAGCUUCUGAAGCUGAACUUCAUGGUCAUGGUACUGUUUGCCCCGAUAAAUCCCUGGGGGCUGAUCUUCCAAAUGCUAGCUCGGCAGUUGGACCUACACUCCCGGUUGCCAAAGCUUCUGAUGGUACGGCGCCGUGGAAAUACAACUGACAACCGCCUCGCCCAUGCCAGCCAGAACCUGUUCGGCCUUAUGAUCCUGCCAGUUGCAGCACUUUGGCACGUAGGCGGGACGGUUUCUGUGUAUGAUGCAUCACGUCCAAGCUGCUGCGAGUUCCGUACCCGUGGCAGAUCGUGGCAGGACUGA